GACGUCCUCAUCAUUACAGUACCAUCUCGCACUCCGCAGCAAUGACAUGUCGGCGUGUGCUCCAAGACCGAUCAUUGAAUUGGCAGACACUCUUACCGAAUUCACGGCCUUUGCGAGUCUUCCGGUAACGGCGAAGAGUCGGGUCCCCGCUUCGCUCGACAAUUGGUCUCGUUGGCGGACGUCCUAUCGUGGGUCUCCCACAUGAUACCGCCCCGGAGCACCCGCACGCAGUGAGAGAGUGUCGCUAACCUGGUCAUAUGGCUGUUGUCAGGUCUGUUUCCAUGGGAAGCCGCGAUGGAUCCUCAAGUGAUCAAGGCCCUCCUGCGGGACGCGCCGCGGCUGUCAGAUGGUGCUCACCUACUGGGUGCGAAAGUCAGACAGGGCGGUGUGCCUCCUGUACCUCUAUCUGAAAUACCUCCUGCGUUGGUUCGCUCACCCGGAGGACGGCGGAGAGUUGAGGCCACAUUGUGUCGUUUGGUUGUCAAUGUCUAAUUGUUUAGGAGGCUUAGUCGUUGAGGCUGGUUAGGGUUAGGGUUCCGAAAUGCCUUUUCCUGCGUGACUGUUCCUCUCAGUCCUUUCGCAAAGCAACUCUUCUCCUCAUUUCUGCUCAAAGAUAAACAGUAAACAUCCCAUAAUGCGAAAAUCCCAAAAGCAACUAUCAUGGGAGAAAUACUGGUGCGAGUUCACCACAACGUUUCUUGGGCAGCCGCAUAUCCGGUCACACGGUGUUCUAUCUUUAAUUACUCCACCUACGGAUAUCCCAAAACCACACAGUCUCACCACACACGCCAUCGCCUCCAUAUGGAAAAAUUACCUGCAACCGCACCUUAACCCUCAUUUCAACGCCAUCGACAAAGAGACCCUCGCCGUCGCCGAAUACGCAAAAGAAUUGGGACUUGAGCGCUCUUUUGCAUACGACUGGGUAGAGAAAUCAUCAUCUAAGCUUGCGAAGAGGACAAAGAAAUUACUGAAGGCUGGAUAUAGCUAUGAUUUUGAUAAAUUCAUUGAUUUGGUAUUGGCUGCUCCAAUUCACCUGCGCUCUUUCUUGUGCGGAUCUUGGGUUUUGAUGGGUUGCUUGUUUGCUAAAGAUGAUAGGAAGGAGUGGAUGUGGUGGGAACUCGGUGAAUUGUCAUCCUUUGGGAGGACAAGGGAUAGGGUGCAGAUCAGCGCUUGGCUGGAUCUCUCAGCUGAAGAUGUUGUAAUCGUUGAUCAGUCGGAGUGUCGGGCGCAAAUCAUCAAGAGAAUGACGAUGCAGACAUUGGUUCAGGCAAUGCUUAUGGGAGAGAAUAUAUUCACUCCGAACGCAGUGCAGGAGCUGGAUGUGGUUGUCCAAUUGCAAGGAAUGGAACAAGUCAUUCCAACGAAAGAGCAGACAACCAAUUGGAAGGUGUACAUUUCCGGUGCAAUCGCGGUUCACAGACAGCAACGCAAAGCACUUCUCAGGGAUUUAACCUCGAAAUCUCCAAAAUCGAUUCCUACCUGGACAGGACGAAAAUGGCUUCCCACGAACACGCCCGUGUACGAAAUCUACGCCAUCGCCUAUCGACAAAUAGCGAGCUUUCUCUAUCGUCAUCCACAACUCAUUCCCGAUUCCUUCCCCAACAUUCCGUCCAUACAGCAAACCCUAAAACAACUUACCAAAGGUUUAUCAGACGAUCCCGGCUCUCCACCAUGGUAUCGCGUUGAUUCUCCUUCGAAAAGACACUGUAUAUGUUUACAGCGGCACGACGGCUCGUACGACAGGUCGAAAUGGCACCACGGCAAGGAACCUCGCGAGUCUCCUUGUUGCUCUUGGUGUGACCCGUUUGAUAAUGUUCAAUCCGAGUACCAGCAGCUAAAGAAUAGGGAGUUGAGAGGAAAGUUGACGAGCGGAGAGAACUUUCUAGCGAGUCAUGAAGCAUUUUGGCGGUAUGAAGGGGAUGGACGAGGGUUGAAAAGGAGGGAGGCGUUUGAGAAGUACAGGCGAAGAGAGGCGAAGAGAGGAAGAGAGGGGAAAGAACAAAGGAGCCGAGAUGUGAGGGACGGCGGAAGUAAGGAAGCGGUUCAACCCUGACUGGUGAACACAACGCGGGAGAGUAGCCGUAACAGUCGUACCCAGAGGAUGGGGUUAGGGUUAGGGAUUCUUGUUGUAUUUGUUAUUCUUGUUGUAUUUUGAAAUCAUUUGUUACGUGUUGUUCUGGGAUCGUAUGUACGUGUCAUUGCUACGAUACAGAAUCAGUGUCUUGUUGCCCAUCUUCCGAUUCUCGGAAUCCGAGUCCCCGUCUAGCUGCCACGUGCCGACGAGCGCGGUGAGCUUGCUGUGGUAUAGCUCCGCUUCCUCCAUCGAUGCGGGCAUGG